AUGCGAGACGGGUCCAAAGCUGGCCCGAGUGGAGGCUCGUUGGGGCAUGCGCUGGACAAAGACUUUGAAGGCACAUCAUCAGACGACAGCAGCCACGAGGAACUGAUCACGUUGCGGACCCUCCUCCAUUUCCCAGAGGAAGUAGCCCUGAGGCUCACCGACACAGAGUACAAGAUUUUUUAUCAGGUACCGCCAAUCGACUACCUACGUCAAGUAACGCUGGACCUUGGCGGAGAAGGUGUCCUGGGUACAGUCAGCGAUCGACAUAUGAUCAGGCGAACUCCUCCCACUCACACUCCGCCACAGAAAAGCAACGUGGGCACCUUAAUACGAAGAUUCAACGAGGUGUCAGCGUGGGUGACAGAGCUGGUGCUAACGCAGUCCUCACUGGAGGAGAGGAAGGUGACCCUCGCCUGCAUACUCCGAGUGGCACUGACGUGCUGGAAUAUUGGCAACUUUAACGGCGCCAUGGAGAUCGUAGCUGGACUGAAAUCGCAUAAGCUGAAGUCUUUCUGGCUGAGCAUCUCGGAGGAACCUCUACCAGUGCUGGACUUCCUCUCCGCCGCGCUGCUGUCCGCGGAGUACGAGCGAGCGUUGGCUCGAGCGUUGGCCAUGCCGGAAUGCAGACUGAUCCCUUUCUUCGGCGCCUUUUUAAGGGAACUAAGAGAGAUUCUCGCAGCAACGCCUCUUUUGAUGAGUCAUUCGGUAGCGGCGACACCCACGCAUAGGAGAGAUUUCAAACGGGACGCCGACAGAUCCUCAAUAAAAAGGGACACACGAAGAGAAAGCGGUAAGAGGAUAGACCAAAGCACGACCAGCCCCUUUCGAGAGAGCAAUAAACGAGAUCCAAGAUACAGCGAACCUAACAGACAAGUGUACAUAGCAUCAUUCGAUGAAGAGGGCGAACAGUUCCGCAGGGUGGGACCCGAGGGUCUGGUGAACUUGGAGAAGGUGUACCGGACCCAGGCGGUGAUGGACCACAUAGCCAGCUUCCACCACCAUCGGUACAGCCUCGCGAGGACCUCCGCACCUUUGUUCGGAGACUAUUUAAGAACAGCCAUGGCAGCGUGCGAGAGCCCGGUGUUCGUGCAGCCGCAACGUCGGAGUAGCGGUGCUGACUUCGAGAACGAGGCGCUGUAUGAGCUAGAGGGAGGGGGGUACUGCCCCGUGCAACCCCUUCCACAUGACCACGGGGUCACCAUGUUCCCCCUCGCGCCGCAGAACGGGGACCGGAUGGACAGACAUAUACUUCAGAUAAUGCAUCACGGCACUUCCUGUGUGGUGGGGGAGGCGGAGUGGGGGGGGACGUUUGCUCACCUGCGGCUCGAGCGGUCGUGCGCACUGCUCACGUGGUCGCGGACGACGCAUCGCCCGCACUCCCAUCAUGGCGACACCCCAUCGGAAAGUGUACAGCAACCCGAAAUAAGUCUUUCAUAUAAUCCUGAAGAAGUGAUACCGCUUAAGUAUUCUGGGAACCUGGUACAUGAAAACGAAGCUGGAGUUGUUGGUGAAGAGGGAUUCAUCGAUCUUCAGUGUGUCAAGGACAUGCGUCUGAAUGGAAAGCUCAUAGAACCUCGUGACAUAGCAGAACUAUGUGCCUCCGCGAAAAGAUUCGGCUUAGAAACUUGCAGCCAACGGCCACAAGUCAUAUCACUAGUCUACGGGAAGACACUCAGUGAUAAUAGAAUAGUCCAUUUUGUUCUACCUCUAUAUUCAUUUAGAGUAUGGGCAGUGGGCCUUCAUUCGGUCAUCAAAUCGCUUAUAAGUCAGACUAAACUGGCAGACAGGAGCCUGGCUUGGCUCAAAAACAAAUACACCGCACUGUAUUACGAAGACGCGUGCUGUUGCGAGCCAUUGGUUUCUGAUGCAAUUCGGGUAUUUGGAGGUCGGGAGUCAAUAUACGGCAGCUCCAGUCACUCAACACCAGUCAAGUACGCAGAAUCCCACAGCGACUCCGCGAAGAGCGCGGGAAUGAAGUUCAAGAAGAACAAAUCCACUUCAGAGCUGAAGAGUUCUCCGAGGAGUUUCAGCUCGCACGCUUCCGGGACCAGGAGCGAUGAUGACGCAGCGCAGAGUUCACCAAGACACAGCUCUUACUCGGCGGCGUCGAGUCAGCACACGACUUGCACACAACGUCACAGUAGCCUCACCACCAGCGGUCAUAGCAGCUCACCGAAUCGUAGUAGUUUACGAAGACUAGAGACCAGCGAGAGGUUCUGGGAGAAUCUCAAGCACCUACGGACGGGGUCGGUCGGAUACGACACUCAACUGGACUUUAUGGACUUCGUCGCAUUGUUCCGAAGCUUCAGUUUAGUGAUGCGAUCUGAAUUGCGUGACGUGUUUGAGCAGCUGGCAGUACCUAGGAUGAAGAGUCCACUACUCGGUGCUGAGAUGAGCAGAAGUUCGCCGGAACUGUUCAGAACUAAAGCCGUAUUUCGAACGGGUUUACUAACUCGGAACGGUUCAAUGGACUUGGAGCCUCCAUCGGAUAAGGCUGGAAGGAAAAAGGCUUUCGACAUCCUCGCAGCUGCUGCCCUACCAGGCGCCAACCCAGACAUGAGCGGUCGGGUGCUCUCGCUACCCACGCUCGGCAAGUUCUGCGAGACCAGGCAAUGUGAACCUAAGACUGAGCAACAAUUAAAAGACAUUAUACAGAGGCAUGAGCCGGACUCGACGUUGAGGGGUGAGAACUGCCUCUCGUUCGAGGGCUUCGUGAGAUUUCUCACCGACAAAGACAACUACGCGUUUGUGCCGGAACAGCGGAGGGCUAACAAUUUCGUGGGCAAGCCAAUGCACCCGGACGAGGAUGUGUCAGCCAAGGAGUUGUCCCGGGAGAUGUCGGGUCCGCUGAGCCAGUAUUACAUCGCGAGCAGUCACAACACCUACCUCACGGGACACCAACUUAAGGGCGAAUCAUCCGUCGAGCUGUACAGCCAGGUGUUGUUGACAGGCUGUCGGUGCGUGGAGCUGGACUGCUGGGACGGUGACGAUGGAAAUCCUGUCAUCUACCACGGACACACGUUCACUACUAAAAUACCGUUUCGGAGAGUUGUCGAGACUAUUGCGAGAAGUGCCUUUGUGACGUCACCGUACCCUUUGAUACUGAGCAUCGAAAAUCAUUGCAGCCUUCCACAGCAACAAGUGAUGGCAAGCACUUUUGAGGCAGUGUUUGGAGAUCAACUGGUGACGUCGUUUCUAUUUGAAGUUGACUACACGGACGAGCCGCGACUUCCAAGUCCCGAGCAGUUAAAGUAUAAGGUUCUAAUCAAAAACAAAAAGCUGUUGCCAAUGGAGUCGAGCCCUACGAUAGGGCUGACAGGUGCCAGUUCCGCGCAGGGCUACGGCGGCGCAAUGACAACAGUGACAAGGUCAAACGGAAUGAGGCACACGAGCUCAUCCCUGCCCGACGCCAGUAACCGAACGAGUUCCAUCAUGUCCAACCAGUCUGCUGGUUCAUCUAUCACGGAGUUCUUCUCUGAUGAAGACUAUGACGAAGACGAUGAGUUUGACGAAAAAGAACUCCACAAAAUUCUGAACUUACUAGAAGAGAAAGUCGGUCGGACGUCUCUUUCCCUCUACCAGAGUUUUCGCAGGGGUGAGGGAGAGGCCGAAGCCGCGGGUGCUAUGAAACACGCAACCUCAAGGAAAAGGAGUAACCAGAUCGCGAGGGAACUAAGCGACAUGGUUACCUAUGUUCAGGCGAUAAAGUUCCGCGGCCUGAACCCUAUCUCACCUCGGAGUUCCAUCAAGCGCACGAGCAACGCUGUCAAGGAUACUGCCAGCGGUGCUGCCUGCAGCAGCUUCGAGUCCUCGGAGAGCAGCGACAGCGCCGGCACGCAAUUAGCAGUUGGGUCUCAACACUCACGCGGGCGUUGCCUCAACACCCCCGCCGCUCACCACCCCUGCUACAGAUGCUCGUCGGUGAACGAGGCGAUCGCCAAGAAGAUCUGCAGGAAACACCCCCUCGCACUCAUCGCGCACACAGAAACACAGCUCGUGAGGACUUAUCCAGCCGGCCUAAGAAUAGAUUCCUCGAACUUCGACCCAGUAAUGUUCUGGUCGAGCGGUGUGCAACUGGUGGCGUUGAACUAUCAGACAGAAGACGCGGCGAUGGCCGUCAACGCAGCCAUGUGUGAGAGCAACGGCUGUCUAGGCUACGUGCGGAAACCCAGGGUCAUGUGGGAUCCCAGCCAUAUCGCUUAUAGAAGAUUUAAUCCAAUGGACAAGGAGUUCGACGGGAUACACGCAGCACAACUCACGCUAGCGGUCAUAUCCGGGCAGUACGUCGCUGAAAACGUGUACUCGUUUUACAACGCGUACGUCGAAGUGGAAAUACUCGGGGUGCCUGCGGACUGUAAGAAAAUUAAGACGAGGGUCGCCAGAAGAAACGCUUUGAACCCGAUAUGGAAUGAAACGUUCACUUUCAAGGUGAACUUCCCCGAGCUGGCGUUCGUCCGGUUCGAAGUUUACGACGCUGACACGAACUACAUGCUGUCGCAGAGGGUCAUACCGCUACAGUGUCUACGACCUGGAUACCGGCACGUGAGACUUAGGUCGCCGACCAACCAGCCUCUGAACAUGGCGUCUCUGCUGAUCUUUUCGCGGUGCUCCGAGGAGCUGGCGGGUGAGAGCUGCCGGGCGGACGCGGAGCCCGGCUCGCCCGCGCAGCGCCGCCGCAUCCACUUCCUCCUGGUGCACGCCGUGCUACUCCACGAGCCCUACUCCAUCCUCAAGGUCACGCACGACACCACCACCAACGAGGCAAUAGCCCAAUGCCUCACAAAAGCUGGAGUCUGUAAAUCAUCAAGAGCAAACUACGUCCUGGUGGAGGAAGUGCCUUCACGAGCACCAACACAGAGAGUCCUUGCCCCUCACGAGAGGGUUCUGAAGGCUGCCACCUCGAGGCCUGGAGCCAAGUUACUACUGAAGAGGGUGGGAGAUGAUCCCAGCAGCAGAGCAUGGCUAACGAGUAUCAGAUCGACCUCAACAGACAGGUCCCGAGAUCUCUCGGUGCCGUCUGAUGAAGAUUCCAGUACUCAAGAGGAGCCGCGGAAACCCUCCGACAGCUUCCUGGUCUGCGUGCACAAUGUGUGCCACGAGAUACCGUACGCCAUUUUGAAGGUACCGCUGACUGCUUCAGCGUCUUACGUGAUCUACCAAGCAUUAACCAAAGCAAGAUGCCAAGACGACCCCAAACGAUUCGUCCUAGUGGAGGAGUUGGAGUGGGGUGGCAGAGCAGGCGCUGGUCCUCAGCAAAGAGCCCUUGCUGAUGAUGAGGUGGUUUACGCUGCUCAGGCAAGUUGGAAAACUCUUGGUAGGUUCGUCUUGCAGGAAAGAGGUAGCACGGUCCCGCUACCCCGACACAGGGCGUGCAUCGCGCGUAUCCAACGCGGUCUAAGCAUGACUCGAGGAGCUAUAAUUGGGGGUACAGGAUUCCCUCUCGGCAACAUCAUAUCAAGUGACAAUGUCGCUACAACCGAAGGCAAAACCCCGGUCCAGACUGCCUACAGUGACCCGACACACUGCAGAAGAGUGUCUUCAGUACCUCUCGGCAAAGGCAUCGGGCGUGCGAAGGGACAUUCGGACAAGGAUAUCAGGUCGUACACGCAGAGGAGAGCUGGCGCGAGGGAGGUCCACUCGGAGGGGGAGGUUGGUGGGUCCCUGGGGGCUGAGGCCCUGGCGGCGCAAGUGGCGCGGUUCAAGAGAGUCUCUUUACGGAAACUCAGGGCUUGGCGCUCCUGAGUGUUGCAGGUCUUCCGUCGGCUUGGCACGAGUCUGGCGAACCAUCGGGCAUCUCUGUCCUCAGAACU